CUAGUUUAUUUGGCCCUCGGGGGUUGAGGUGAACUUUGCGUAAUUUAGUAGCCUAAAUUAAUUAAAUGUAUCAAAAGGUUUGAGUAAAUAGAAAAUGCCUGUGCGGUUAGUUCCCCUCGCCUCAGUGACGAUAGGACCGCAGUCUUGGCGGGAUGAUACGAUGCUCUCUAUCCAGAGAGCGGAGCACUUGGUGCGGCAAACCCACGCAGGACGGUCGGGGUCUAUCAGCCGUGCACGGAACUGUAGCGCCGCCGCGUUUACCCCGAGGCGCACAGACACAAUUGAAGUGGAUGGAGGCGGUGAUACUCAUGUUGCUUUGUGCAAGCAUAAACUCAGACCACAAACCACAGGGACAAUGCUCCGAAAUGCUACCCCCACCACAUGUGUGGUUCCGUUUCCCACCUCCCUGCUUUCGAGAGCAAUGUGCGGAGGCCAGUGUAGGGGUAGCAGGGGAGUACAUGCGCGGUGUGAGGGAAGUGGAGGGCGAGAUACGUAGAAAAGCUGUCCGGGUGGCACAGGAAUGCAUUAAACUAGAGAGGGAGAGAGGCCUCCUGGAGAGGAUGCUGAGGAGCCUGAGGUGUGAAAUGCUGAUCAACAAGAAGAGUGUGGAGGGAAGGACCAUGAGACCAGCUACUACUGAGACUGGCAGAGACGGAGCAGACCAUUUGCUGGAGUGUGAAAAGAGAGAACUCACUGAGCUGAAACAGGAGCUGGAGAGCACUCUGAGGAGCACAUUAGCACAACUACAGACCCUGGGUCAGUGCAGUAGGCAGCUGUUGGACUGUGCCAGUGAGAGAGCUUCUACCACACACUCGCUCUGGCUCUCUCUCUGCAGGGGGACAGGGAACUCCCUCCCAAGGCCUCAUAAAACUACCAGAGCCAAUCGGCCCCUGUCAAUAACAUACUGUACUAAUGUAACACAGUUUAUGGCACUGCGUUGA